UAAAAAGUCAUGAAUUUUAAUAAAUAUUUUUGUAAACAUUAGAAUACAAACGAAAAGGUUAUAACACAAUAAAGAAAAUUGGAAUUUUUAUUUUUCUUAGGCCCCGCAACGUUUCCUUGAGUAAAUGACGGAACAGAGUAGAAAUUGAGCAGGUGUUUCCGAAUCGCGUUGAUGUAUUUUUUUUUUGACGAAAAAGAGUAAAACGGAGUUGAGUACUCCGAAUUUGAAGUGAUCAUCAGCAGCUUUGAACAUUUUCGGAUCUGACAACUCCGAAAGCCAUUGGCGUCAGAAAAUGUCUGCCACUUUCGCAUUUUCGGAGCUGACAACUCCGAAUGCAGAAGAUAAGGAUUUCCGAGGCUUUUUAUUGGUCCGUCGGAUUCCAACGUGAUAAAAUUUUCGGCAUAAAUAAUGUUCCUCUUCCACACUUUCACACCCACCAACAUCUCCUAUCCUCCUCCCACACUUUCACACCAACCAAACAAACAAGGCUUCUUGUUCAAAGGUUGUAAUGGCUGAACGAGUUGCACACCCUGGCCCUCGGGAUCGUUCUGUUUUAGUUAUGAUACCCGGUGAGCAUCGUGCCGAUCGUGUGUGGCACGAAUCAGCAUUUCGAGAUGACAAACUGAGGUGUCAUCACUAUUCAUCGUGUGCCUAUGUUGAUGAUGGUCCGCGUCAUCCUGGGGUGGUACGGUUGUUGAGAGCAUCUGGGUUUCACAGUGUCGAGAGAAUAGGACAAGUGCAGUUAGAUUGGUCACUUCUGACUGCGUUAGUGGAGAGGUGGAGACCCGAGGUACACGCAUUUCAUUUGCCCUUUGGUGAGGUAGGAUUGACUUUGCAGGACGUGCAAGUCUUGUUGGGGUUGCCCAUUGACGGCAUACCACUCACUGGUCCCACGAUUAUUGAUAGGGCAGCGUUGUUGCAGAUGUGUGCACAGUCUGUUGGUUUUAUACCAGAAGAUGAUGAUUUAAAUUCAGCUACCAUAAAAGUAACGAAUAUCCACCCCAUUCCAUUAACCGAUUGUAGCAAUGAAAAUGAGGUGACUCAACACACUAGGGCCCUCAUUUGGCAGUUGUUUGGUGGUUCAUUAUUCCCUACCACUAGUGGAAACAUGGUUAGUUAGUAUUUCUUGGAGUUGUUGCAGGGCAACUUAGUAGAUGUGCGCCGAUGGAGCUGGGGCUCAGCGGUCUUGGCCUAUCUGUAUCACAUCAUGUGUAAGGCGGCCCAGGCUAAACAGAUUGGAGGAUGUUUAGUCCUUCUACAAAUCUGGGCAUGGGAGAGGUUGCCGAUGGUUCGGCCCCAAGGUCAUCUCCCAUUUGACCAUAUAUUGGAUUUUCUGUAUGCUGUUAGGUGGGCGUGUCAACAUGAUUGGCAGCAAACAAACAGAUUUUCGUUACGGGUAUAUAGGGACCAACUAGAUCGGAUGACGAAAGAUGAGUUCGAAUGGAUCCCCUAUCUGUUGAUGAACCUUCCACCAUAUUGUCAUGAUGCCAAUGAUUUGUGGGCUGGGGAGGUUCCAUUGAUUUGUACAUGUUUUUCUUAGGCGCACUAUUCGAGCUUGAGUCGUCACGCGCAAAAUAUGUUCGAGCUGAGCUCAAAUUUGUGAUAUUCAAUUUAAGCAACGCCACUACUUGGGAGCAUAUCACUACACUCUCACGUAAACACAUUUCAACCAAAUAUACGGCAGAAGCGGUUUGGAUUUGUCACGAAAGUUGACUUUUCUUAGUCAAAUUGCAAUUUGUCAUCGUUAACAAAAAAGUCAAUAUGGCGAACGUUUUUUGAGAUGGAGAUAAUAUCGAUAUAUUCUAAAGUAGAUUCUAUGGUACCUUUAAGAU